AUGUCCGAGGCCAUCGACGCCCUCCUCGAAGACCUGGGCGCAGAGCUCGGGAGCGGGGCCCACGGGACCGUCUACGGCCUGAAGAGCGCCCCCGACAGGGCGGUCAAGGAGAUCCCGACCGACGGGCUGCCCCCCGACGCGCAGGCCUCGCUCGAGCUCGAGCUCCGGACCCUCCCGCGCCUCCGCCACCCGAACGUCGUCGAGUACGGGCGCGUCGUCCGGCACGAGGGCUACAUCUACGUCGAGAUGCGGCGCUACGCAGGCUCCCUCGACGGGGCCAUCCGGAGCCUCCGCCGCAGAAGGCAGCUCGCCCCGCGCGAGAUGGUCGUCGCCGUCCUCCGCCAGGUGGGCGCGGGGCUCGCCUACCUCCACCGGCCCGGGAAGACCGACGCCGCGGGCGCCCCGCUCCCCGCCCUCACGCACUGCGACCUGCGGCCCGCGAACGUCCUCCUCGACGAGGCCGGGGCGGAGUUCGCCAUCUCCGACUUCGGGCUCUGCAGGGAGGGCCCCGGGGGGCUCGCCUCCAUGGCCGUCCCCGUCUACGCCGCGCCGGAGGUCCUGCGGGGCGGGAGCCACACGCCGGCCGCGGACAUGUGGAGCCUCGGGAUGGUCGCCUACGAGCUCGCGGCGGGCGGCAGGCCCCCGUUCCUCUCCGGGCGGGCCCCCGCGGAGGUCUACGUCGCGGGCUGGCGGCCGGACCUGGGCGCGGUCGGGGACCCCGUCGUCCGGGGCGUCCUCGCCCACCUCCUCGUCCUGGAGCCGGAGCGCCGCCUCACCGCCGCGGCCCUCGUGGAGCUCCUCGACGCAGAGGGCGGGGCGCCUGCGGUCGCGACGGCCCUGCGCUUCAAGGCCCUGGAGGACGAGGUCGCCCGGCUCCGGGGGGAGGUCGCGGGCCUGCGGGCCGCCCUGGGGUCAGGUGCCCCUGAUUGA